CAGCUGACUGCUGCAGAGGGCGGGAGCAGCGGCGACAUCUUGGAUUUUUGAGUGAACGGUGACCACAACCUAAAACACCGAAUACGCGGAAUAACACGGAGCUUCUGUCAGAGCCGGACACAGCUGCCUCUGUUGAUCCGGUCGGGGCCGGUCCGGAGUGACACAGAGACUGACACACCGAGUUCCCCAUCCAGUGACUUACAGCUUGGCUCCGCCUCUUUCUUCAGUUUUCCAUCAUGGCCAGUGAACACUGAGUGAGACCAGCACCAUGAUCGGAGGACUCUUCAUCUACAAUCACAAGGGCGAGGUGCUGAUCUCCCGGGUCUACCGGGAUGACAUCGGGAGGAAUGCAGUGGAUGCGUUCCGUGUGAAUGUGAUCCACGCUCGCCAGCAGGUGCGCUCACCUGUCACCAACAUCGCCCGCACCAGCUUCUUCCACGUCAAGCGCUCCAACAUCUGGCUGGCUGCCGUUACCAAGCAGAAUGUCAACGCAGCCAUGGUGUUUGAGUUCCUCUAUAAGAUGUGUGACGUCAUGGCGGCCUAUUUCGGCAAGAUCAGCGAGGAGAACAUCAAGAACAACUUUGUGUUGAUCUACGAGCUUCUCGAUGAGAUCCUGGAUUUUGGGUACCCCCAGAACUCUGAGACUGGAGCCUUGAAGACCUUCAUUACUCAACAGGGUAUUAAGAGCCAGACGAAAGAGGAGCAGUCUCAGAUUACCAGUCAGGUCACCGGACAGAUCGGCUGGAGACGUGAGGGCAUCAAAUAUCGCCGCAACGAACUCUUCCUGGAUGUGCUGGAAAGUGUGAACUUGCUGAUGUCUCCGCAGGGUCAGGUGUUGAGUGCACAUGUCUCAGGGCGUGUGGUGAUGAAGAGCUAUCUGAGUGGAAUGCCUGAGUGCAAGUUUGGCAUGAAUGACAAGAUUGUCAUUGACAAGCAGGGCAAAGGUGGCACGACUGAUGACUCGGGCAAAAGUGGGAAACAGUCCAUUGCGAUCGAUGACUGCACGUUCCAUCAGUGUGUCCGUCUCAGCAAGUUUGACUCGGAGCGCAGUAUCAGCUUCAUCCCUCCUGAUGGAGAGUAUGAGCUCAUGAGGUACCGCACCACUAAAGACAUCAUCCUCCCCUUCCGCGUCAUCCCAUUGGUCCGUGAGGUGGGCCGCACCAAGCUGGAGGUGAAGGUGGUGAUCAAGUCCAACUUCAAGCCCUCCCUGCUGGCACAGAAGAUAGAGGUGCGCAUUCCUACUCCACUCAACACCAGUGGGGUUCAAGUUAUCUGUAUGAAGGGAAAAGCCAAGUACAAAGCCAGUGAGAACGCCAUUGUUUGGAAGAUCAAGCGAAUGGCUGGUAUGAAGGAAUCUCAGAUCAGUGCCGAGAUCGAGCUGCUUCCCACUAAUGACAAAAAGAAGUGGGCUCGCCCACCCAUCUCCAUGAACUUUGAGGUACCAUUUGCUCCAUCAGGACUGAAAGUGCGCUACCUGAAGGUCUUCGAGCCAAAGCUCAAUUACAGCGAUCACGAUGUCAUCAAAUGGGUGCGUUACAUCGGUCGCAGCGGCAUCUAUGAGACCCGCUGCUAACAGCAGCCCUUCUGUGAGGAGGGGGAGAGACACAGUUGAAUAAAUGGGUGGGACGAACAGAGGACGAAGAGAAUGGAGUUAUUCAUUGUCUCGCUCUCCCCUCCCUUCCUCAACUUUUUAUAUGGGGCUCUGUUCACACCGAAAACAUCAACUAAGGGAGACCCAAAAAGAACAUCCAAAACAUCAUGAAUUCAAACAAAUGUGCCCUUCAGAAUAAAACACACAGAUUAUCUGCAAUGAUGGAAAUUGUUUAUCGUCCCUCCAGAAUUUCACUUGCUAUAGGUAAACCCCCAUUCGUUUCUCCUUUCUAAUUCUUCCACAACAUGCAUUCCAGACCCAGUCCCUAUUAAAUCCCAGCUAAUAUGAGGCAUGGGCCCCUUUUCAAGCCGGUGAUUAGCGCUGAAUCAGUGUGGCCAUUUCUGGCUCCUAAAUCCCUAUCUGCUAACCUUCAUGUGUCGUUUUUGUAGAGUAUCAGUUGGGUAUCGUCCACAUUCUUGUUCUCAGUGAAUUAGUGUAAACGUUAAGCCAGUUGCCCGCAAUGUUUUUGAGCAUAUCUUUUCAGUGUUCAUCCAGAGUUUUAUGUACUCUGAUGUUACCAUUUUGAUUUUGACUCAGUUUUUUUGUUGUCUCAAUAUAAAAUAAUUUCUCGAUGUGACCAAAACGAGGUGUGAGGACGUUUGAAUUAAAGCAACAAAUUGUACUAAAGCUUAAGUCCAGCUGUCUGUGUGCAUGCAUAUAUGCUACUAUAUACACUGUAACAAAACCACCACACCGAUUGGUGUCAUAUAGUGACUGAUGCGUAUGUGUGUGAGUCAGGGGUCCCCAACAUCUCUCAGGGACUUUACAUUUGUGCACUUAACCUUCUUUCCAUGUCACACUUUCACUUUCAUCCUCGUUCACCACUUUGUUUACUUGACUGAAGUUUACCGGAUGAGUUUGUCGAGUGCACUGCGUCAGUCUUUGCAUCAGCGAAAUCUCUCCCUGCAUUUCAACACGUCUCAUGGGAUUAGUUUGAAGGCAAAUGCAACUUCAAAAAGACGCAUUUCACUAAACACUUAAGAGAGGGGCUAGAAUAUUAGGGAGAACCUUUUCUAAACCUCUUUCCUUAGUCCAGAUCUAAGGCAGGAGAUUUUGGAGAUGUCAAAACAUAUAAGCCAUGUCUGCCUUUAAGGUCUUGAACACCGUGCUCGCUCCUUUCAUGUGCAUAUAAACUCUCCACUCUGUGGAAGGCGCUGGAGGAUUUAUCUUAAUGCGAAGGCAUUUUGGAUGCCUACUAUGCUUGUGCUAUCUACGUUACGUUUUCAGGCAACACUACAAACUUGACCCUGCAGAUAUAAGUGUGCAUCUUCUUGAACACUUGUGUCAUAACACUUACACCGUCUGACCUCAGUAUGUUUCAGCUCUGAGAGAUGAUGAGGCUCCUUUUGCUGUGUAUCGUCUUCAUUUGGUAACUCUGUGACUGUUGUCUUAAUCCUAAUAAAAUCAGUUACUCUAAA